AUGGGCUUGGCGACUGCGCCACACGCUCAGGCAGCACUCACCCUUCGCUUAGCCUUGGUAACAUCAGUUCAGGUCCAACAAAAGGUCUUCAUCGCCAAUGUCACCACCCAGGUGAUCGAGCGCCAUAUGCUGCGCGACCUCGACCACGUCUUCUCCCCCGUCGUAGUGGCAAACAUGAGCGAUGAUGAAGUUGCUUCCGUCACAAUUGAGAGUCCUGCUGUACAAAGGCAGCGUAUCUUCCUUUCGGAGCGAAUAUCUAAACUCGAAGAGGGCCGAAGUAUUUUUACUACUGCCAUGGGAUCAGUAGCGGUCUUGAGGGCUCAAUGGUAUUAG